GUGUUAUGCUUUUGGAGUAAUGUUGGAGUCAAAGCAUAGCAGCGAUCUCCUCCAGUCACUUGCUGACGAUCGUGCUAGACGGUAGGGCAAGCUCUCAUUGAGUUUGCUGCUCAUUUAUUUUUUUUCUUCUCCACCAUCCGUCUGUGUUUGCCCUCGAGGUUGUGUGUAGCAUCUUUUUUCGGCAACAUUCACCGACAGUGAAUCAUAGUUGAGGAAUUUCCUCCGUGUAUGGUUUUUUUCUUUCUCUUGGUUGCCCUUCGUGAGAGAUUAGUGUUGCAUUGUGUGCUAGCAAAGGAAAGCCGCCAGAAUGACGACAACACUGCAACAACAACCUGUGCCCAAUCCGCAAAUGAAGAGGCUGGUUUACUCAAAAUAUCGCGAAAUGCUGGGAUCGUACAAUGACAAAGCCAAUACGAUCAUUCAGGCUCUACCAGAGUACCUUGUGCACGAAGACAAAGGAUUCAACAUAACGUCUCUCGUGGAAAAUCCCCGUGAUGGCUACGGGGCCCCUCCGCCACCACCACCACCCAUCAUGGGAGGUAUUCCGGCGACGCGACUUCAGACACAGCUACCACCGGAGCCACCGGCAUGUGUCCAGAAUGCCAUGAUGACGAAGGAUAAGAAGCCCUUCACGUACACACCGGGAGGAAUUGAUUUGUCGCAAAUUAAAUCCCCGCGAAUGGCAAAGCGAAUAUCGCGAAAUGCUUGCUCAGAGGGAGUUACUGGGGUGCCCAAGAUGUCUCCAUUGGCACAGCCAAACACACCAGGAGUUCAACCACCCACACCACCAGUCCUACCCUCUGGAAUGCCCGUCCAGGUCUUCCCAUGUGGACCACCACAGCCGCCGCCACCGCCACCACCGCAGGCCAAGCUGAGCACCCAGAAUGGCGUCAAUGGUAACAAAACCCCUGAACGAAAGUCCCCGCAGUCCUUUGAACCACCCCCAUUCGGCUGUCGACCAGAAAUUAAAAUUCCACCAAAUCCCAUGGCUAAUCUGCGACCAACUCCAAAGCCACAACCAAAAGAUGACUUUUGGGUUGAGGAGUAUCGCAAGGAGAGAUCGAUAAGUCCCAUGGCACCUCAGCAAUCCACCACUCAAUCUCCUCCCAAGCAGGUGAAUAACGAUCAGGUGGAUAGAGCAACAGUUCCAACCACAAGGGCUGACGUGCAGAAGCCACAGAUUAGCCAAAAGCCCACAAGUCCAGUUAAUAUGGCUCCCAAGAGACCUAGCCCAGUUAGAUCUGCCAGUCCUCCAGCACAACGUCCACAGGCACAGCAGCCACCAAGCCCUGUAAAAUCACAACAGCAGGAACCACCUCUUACGGUGUACAACAAUGUGGCACAGAAGGAAUCCAGCCCAGUGAGGAUUGUGCUCAAAAAUCAGAACACAAAUCAGAAUCACAGAGCUGCGAGUCCGGUAAGGCAGGAGCCACCACAGUCUCCUCCACAGAGGAAUGCACAACUGGGAAGUUUGUACAUCCCACCAGUUGAGGAUCAAAUGGCAAAUCGGCAACAUUUGCUGAAUCAGCAAACUCCCCCAUGGAUGCAGGCACGUAAUAUAAUCCAGAAAGAAAUGCCCGAAUGGGUGAAUCGAGAUGAGCCUAAGCAACAUCCUGCAAAUCAAAUGGCAGCACAACAGAAUCAGAUUAAUUUGCAGCAGCAGCAGCAUCAGGCCAACUUGCAGCAGCAGCAGCAACAACAUCAGGUGAACUUGCAGCAGCAGCAACAUCAGGCAAACUUACAGCAGCACCUGAAUCAGAUGAACUUCCAACAGCAACAGAAUCAAACAACAACAAAUCCAAGAGAGAGAAUUAUCCCAAUUCAGUUGGAACAGACUCCAACUCCAACUAAAACCCCCAUGACGCCUGGCUUCGGGCCACAACCAUUCUACAAUGUGACACAGCAGUAUAACAAUGUCCAAUCACCUGCAACAGCAUACUCUCCUCCAGCGUAUUCUCCCUACAACAAUCCAAAUCAAUUUGUUGAUCAAGGCUACAACAACUACGGAGGAACUUCAGCACAGCAGCAACAGCAGAAUCAAGGACAGAGAAUCAUCCCAAUUAGCAUUGAUGGGCAAUCCCCGGAAAAUUCCUUCAAUGUUCGCGGUCCGAUUUCACAGCAACCAACCAUGAUCAGGAGUGGAAACUGUAGAAUUUUUAUACAUGACUGUCCCUUAGAGGCUGAAUUACGUUUCAUUAAGCAUAGACUCAGUGAUCCACGAUCACCGCCAAAUCAGACUCCACCACCGCAGUGGGUGCAACCGAAUCAGUCAAAAUCCUUCAGGAUUCUGCAGAAGAUGACAGACACCAUUGCUGAUGGGCAGACAAGCGAGGAGGACACUGGGCCGGCUGAACUGCAACAACCACACUACUCACGCCCCCUCGGACCGGCAGACAUGAAUGAGAAUCAACUGCGUAAACUCCAACUCACAGAGAAUGAUCGAGCACUCAUGAAUCGCGUCAAGAAUCAAGUGGAUCAAGAAACAUACCUUCAUAGCGAAGAAGAUCCAAGAUAUCGCGGUGCUGCGAUACCAUCAAAAGCAUUUAAAUUGCUUCAAAAUAUGACUGAUGGAGGGCAAGCUUAUGAUAAUCAGGGUCCCGUCCAGCGGGCAAAUCCACGAUUUGCACAACAGAGAGCUGUCUUCCAACCCAAUCAAGGAGAAAACCAGGUUUACGUUCACCCAAGUGAGCAGCAAGUACCAGAACCGAAGAUUUACACUGGAAGUGCCAUCCCAAGUCGAUCCUUCAAGAUGCUCCAGGCAAUGACAACUCCUGAGAAUGCCGAUUCUUUUGUAGCCGAAGGCACAGAUGCCUCAGACAUUGAAGAUUCCCCUACUUAUCCCUCACCACUACCCUAUCCCCCACCAUAUCCCUACUACUAUGACCCCCAUUGGCAGUACUACCCACACCCACCGUCCCCAAUGACUAUUCCGCCUGAGGGUGGGGCCUACUGGGGUGGAUUCUAUGCUCCACCACCACAGGGCUACAAUCCCUACUACCCCUACUACGGCUACCCACCGUACUACGUACCCCAACAAUUUGUUCCCAUUUCCGACGAUGAGCACCAAGCUCGGAAGACGCCUUCGCUACGAAGGACUCCCAGUAUUGUGGUAACACCAACGCCCGAAGAUCAGCCGGAGAACACAUGGACGGAGGAUUUGAAGAAGAAUCUAAGUGGUAGCGAUAAACGCUACUCUGGAGACGACGAGAAGAUGACUAAUGAAGAUUCAGAUGAUCUCGAUUCAUCUUCAUCAUCUUCAGCCACGGAAAAGGGCCAACAACAGAUCCCGCAGAGUCCCUCCAAGGCAGGUUUACAAGCUAUAAAAUCCGUAACUGAUAUCAAUGUCUAUGCUGAUGAGUCAGGAGAUGAAGAAGAUGCCGAUGAGGAGGAGGAGGAGGAAGAAGAGGAAACUGAAGAAAAUCAAGAAACUGAUCAUGAAGAUUUGCCCGAGAUGGAUGAUGAGAUAAUCCCACAUCAAUUGAGUGUUAUCUAUGAGGAAAGUGAGAGGAGUAAGCGAAGACCAAGUCACGAUGAUACGGAAUCCGGGUCAACAUUUAGUGAUUCCGACACAACGAUUGCAUGUGAAGAUGAGGAGGAAGUGCAUUUUGAGGAGGCAAAAGAAAAUAUGGUAACAGUGAGACUCCCACUGAGACUAUCCUACAGCAGAUCGUCAAAUGAUGAAGAAAUCACGACAGUUCACGUUGGGAAUAGUGAAACGAGGAAUUCAUCUGAUGCUGAUGUUAGUGUAACAGUUAGCAUCCCAUCGCGAGCUAGUUCAAUCGAUCGUGGUGGUCUCAGUAAGACACCAUCGGCAGAAAGGAGGAAUUCAGGUGGAUUUGAAUUUGAUGAAUCCGACUCUGAGGUGUCUGUUAGUGUUUCCCUGCCCAUGAAGAGAGAUAAAUUCUUCGGGGAAACACAGAAAUCCGGCACAUGCAACGACAUUUCUUUCCCAACUGCCAAUUUAAAUGGGAAGAAUGAAGAAGUUGAAGAAGAAACUGAAUAUGAAUAUGUUACAGAGACUGAAGAUGAAGUUGAUAAAUCACCACUGCCAAUUACCAAGAGUAAUACGGAAGUAACUGAAUAUGAAGAAGUAACAGAGUAUGAGGAAGUAACAGAGACAGAAGUUGAAGAAGAUUCGAAAAAAGACAAAGAUGCUUCAAAAGAAAAAUCACCGGUGAAGAAAGAAGAGAAAAAGAUUGAAGCUAAAGAAGAUGAAGAGUCUUCGGAAGAUGAAGAUUCAACGGAAUAUGAGAUUGAAUACGUAUCUGAGAGUGAAGGGGAAAUUGUGAGGAAAAUCCGAUAUAUCAGAGAAAGAAUUAUUCAUCAUAGCUUCGUUCAUCCGAAAUCUCUUUCAAUUGAGAUCAUCUACCCACAAGAACCACAAAAUGGUAAAAUGUCUUACAUAAAAGAAGAUGAAGUCGAAGUCAAGAAGAUCUGUGAUGAGGCAAUAGAACCAAUUGAAAAACAAUCAUUAGCUAAGUUUUCAGAUGAAGAAGAAAGUGAAGAUGAAAGUGAAGAAGAUGAGAGUAAAGAUGAAAGCGAAGAAGAAGAAGAAAGUAAAGACAGUGAAGAUAGCGAAGAGGAAGAAGAAGAUAAACCAGAGAAGCCAGAACAAGGCAAUAAAGAAAAAAUUGAAGAACCGGAAAUCAUUCCGAUAGAAACACUGCCAGGCCCAAAAGCCGAAAAAGCCGAAGAAGAUGAAGCAAAAGUAUCCGUUAAGGAACGUAUAAAUGUAUUUGAGAGCAUUGCAACGGCUCCACCAGCUAAUCCACCACCACUGCGAGAAAUUAGACGUCUCGGAAAUUCAUCUCAUCGUUCCUCAGUUGAAGAAUCCGCCGAUGAUGAAGAUUCCGGCGUUACAUCUGACAUAAGUCGUCCCCUAUCGGAUACAGAGUCAGAGAACUUCCCUGAAUUACGGAAGAUGAGCCGCUAUCAGAGAGCUGCAACACAUUCACGUCUCUUCAAACUCCUUCAGGAUGAAUGUACGGACGCUAGUGGAGCGGAAGCAAGUCCAGAAGUCAGAGGAGAAGACAAAGCCCCCGCACCGAAAGCGUACAAACCCAAAAAGAUCGUUCACAAUGUUUCCAUAACGCGUCGUACAAAUCCCAAUGCAGCCACUGAGGCGGAAACAAUGGAGGAGCGAAGAAAGAGACUUUCACUGCCACUUGAGAAGAGUUCAAGUACAGAUCAGGAGAGUAUGUCAUCGUCGGUAUCCUCAACAUCCCCAACGGGUGUCAAUGAGAAUCUUGUUAGUGAACUCGUGCAGAGUUUGCUAAUGCAGAAACGUGGACGAAUGCUGCGGAAUGUUCCCAUUGAGAAGCUCCAUGCAGCUGCUAAGAGAGUCCUGCAGGAGGAUGCGGAUCUCGAUAGUGUAAUGGGUUCAUCGCAGGAGGAUACAACGGUUGACUCAACACCUGCUCUAACACCGCAGGAAAUCAAUUAUUCCGAAUACUAUGAUUCCUGGAAUGAUGCCGAUGAUCGCUAUGAGUACGAAAUUGUUCCAUCGCGUGCCUUCCGUUGCCUCCAGGAGCAAUCGGUGACGGGUCAGAGGAAAUCCUGGGCAGCCCGCUGCCCACGGGUACUCAGCUCAAAAACCGUCAAUAGGGAUCUAUCGCGUGUUACGGAAAUUCGCGAAUCUGAAUCCCCAGAAGCCACCCCACCAUCGGGCGGCACCUCAGCACGUUCCACACCGCACCUGUCCACUAGUCCCGAUCUCAAACCCGGUCGCAGUCGUACCCCAAUGUCUGAGGACGCCGGCGUUCACUAAGAGGAGGCAGGCACACCCUCUCUGAUCUUUCAAUUACCCACACUAUUCACAUGAUCUCUCACACCACCCACACCUCUGUGCAACACAGAGGGCUGAUGGCGUGAUCGAAAGUAUCAUUUGUAGAUUGAAAAUUGGGCUAGAAAAAAAGCAUGAAUCAAAAAAAGGUAUUUCCUUCAUUAAGAAAAAAAAAACAAUACGUUUUAACAUCCUAUAUGAUCAUUCCCAUGAUCGUUUCAAUUGCCACAGACAUUGUGAUUAAUUUUUUUGUUAUUAGUCUUUUUUUUGUUGGUUCUUCAAUGCGGCAGUUUUUCUUUUAAAUUAUUUUUGAAGGAAUUUUAAGUGGGUUGUAUUUGACUCUGAUGAUUUAAUAAAAGAUCUAUUGGAUGAUCAUGAAAAGAUCGGUUGAAUAUCAGCUAUAUGAUCGCUAUUGUUAGCUUGACUUUAUAAAGAAAUUAUUAACUUAGAAUUCACUUUUAGGGGUUUUUAUUUUUUGAUCUUUUGAAAAAUUGUAUGAUCACCAUGACGAUCAAUCGAAUGAACGAUCGUUAAGACUUUAAUUUUUUUUACAAAAAGAAUUUUAUUAUUUUUGAUUAUUUUAAGAAAGCUUUUAAUUUUUGGGCCUUUUAGACCUAAAUAUUUAAAAUGAUCGUUAUAAAAUUAAUUAAAUGAUCAUUGAUCACACAAGUGAUCUGAUCAUUUUUGAAAUUGAAUUUAUCUGUUAAACGAAGUUUCCGCAAAUAAUUUAUCUUAAUUUCAGUUGAAUGAUCAUUGAGAAGAUCAAUUGAGUGAUCACUGUAACAAUUUUUUUAAGAAAUUAUUUUUGUUCUGAUAUUUAGGGAUUUAUUUUUGUUAUAAAAACUUUAAAUAUCGAAUGAUCGUUCUUUAAUAAAAACUUUUAAAUUUAUUUUUUUUUAUUUAAUUUUUCAAAUUCUUUUAACUUUCAAUUCUUCAAGAAGAAAGAAAAACUGCUGCAAAAAGAAAUUGAGUAUCAUUUCAGGUGAUCUUUUCUGCAAUGAAAAAAAUCUGCGAUCAUAGAUUCUCAAUUUCUUUUUAAAUCAAAAUCUUUUAGUUUUAUUUUCUAGAGACAGUAAAUUGAUUUUUUUUAAACAUGUGAGACGCUUUGGCAUCAUCAUUCCUCAUCGCGAUCAUUAAAGAUCACCUCACUGAUCAUAAAUUCGAAGCAUCUUCAUUUUUCUUUUCUUUUUGUUAUUCUUUUAUUUUUUUUCCUUCACAAAACAUCAUUUUCAGCUGAGUUAGAUGUUUUUUUUUCCUUUUUCUGUUCUACCUUUUUAAAUGUCUUCCGUUUGUUAGUUUUUUUUUUAAAGAAAGAAAAAAAAGUUUGUAAGACAAAAUUGUGUUUAGGAUUGUUAGAGAAUUUAUUUAUUUUUUUAUGUAGAAGAUCUCUUUGUUAACCUCCUUGACUCGUUUUUGUUGUGAGAAUAAAAAUUAAAAAGAAAUUGUUUCGUUUAAAAGAAAAAAAUCUGGGGGUGAACUCCACCUUUGGUUGUCUUUGUCUUUUUGUUGAACUCAUUAAAAAAAAAAACUCCUUUUUCGUUCUUUUUCAACACAAGAUUUUAAUGUUAAAUCGAUCGUACUGCUUUAUCAAAAUUUUUCCUCAACCGACGAACGUUUUUUUUCCAAAAAGAAAAUCGCAAAUUCGUUGUUCGUCGCAAUGAAUGAAUUUAUACCGAGAAAAUAUUUAUUUUUUGUAAAAAAAAAAGGUCACAUAAAGGUGAAGUUUCCUUCUUGAUUUUGAGAUGAAUGUGUGAGAAGUUAAACCAGCUAAACAUAGCUAAACCCUUAAGAGCUAAAACCUACACUUAACCCACCACCUCUCUAUACUUUAUCUGAAUAUUUUUUCAAAUUAGUUUUGCCAGCAUGUUUUUUUCUAGGCUUUUGAUUUUAAUUGAAAGUAGUCUUUUUAUGGGAAUGAAUUAAUUUUUCUUUGAAGAAUGUUGUUGGAAUAACAGAAACCUAUUGACUGAAUUAUUUAUUAGUUUUAAUUUAUAUAUUUUUUUAAAUCUUUACUGGGUAGAUUACUCUGAAUUGAAGGAGUUGCUUAAGAGAACUUUUUAUUGAUUUCCUAUCAAAAUUAAGAAAUUUUAAAUACAAAAAAUAAUUUUAAAAAAUCCGUUUAAAAAAAAAUUUCAAAUUAUUAAAAAAUAAAA